AUCGGAGACCGCAUUUCACCACCAACCGUCGUUCAUCCCCGAAAGCAAGCAAGGCAUUAAAACCGCCCGACAUCCGCUCCGAGCAAAAUGGGUAUCUGGGAUAGCAUUCAAGACCUCGUCGAGGCGGUAACGCCAUGGACCACCGUCGAAGCUGAGGCACCAGCUGAGGAUAGUGAUUCUCAAGAAGAGGAGGCUGAGGAGGAAGAAGAAGAGGAAGACGAGGAAGAAAUUGAGGAUCCUAAGGAAAAACUCGAGGAAGAAUGCAAAAACUCUAAACAGUGCUCGUCUGCUAAGCAUCACUUCGACGAGUGUGUCGACCGUGUUACAAACGCUUCGGAUGACGAUGAAAAUAAGGAGGAUUGCGUUGAAGAAUUCUUCCAUCUUGCGCACUGCGCCAGCCAAUGCGCCGCCCCCAAGCUCUGGUCAGUCCUCAAAUAAUCGACGCAAGUCCGCGCCGGGAACCGCCGGUAUCAUGCACAACAUACCCUUAGAACUUCUAGAACGAUGGUGCUGGUGGAUUUCCGAUCAGACAACCCGGCUACCAUCGCGCGACCCCUGUCGGGACGGUAAAGCGGUGGUGGUUCUGUAACACGAUUUGCGGCUCGAGUGGAUUUGCAUGCGGCCGGGGUAGCUUAAACCGCCUGCUCUAUGUACCAUAGACUGCCUCAUCAACUAUAAAUUAAAAUAGAUCUCUGUUCCUAAA